AUAAUUUUAGUAGUCUAGUACAGCUAUUAAGUGAUUCAAUAAUGAAUGCUGGAGUGUCCAUGGAAUCUGUUGAAUUCACGAACGAACAAGUCGCUACGAGCUCGAAUCAUCAUGAUGCAAAGUCGGAGGAAGAGCCGUUUUAUCACCCGGAAAGGUCACUUUGUGUUUGCCCUUUGCCAAAGUCCAUAUCACGGCAAGAAUUGGUAUAUUUCCUGCAUCAAUUCGGGCCAGUUAAGAAAGAACGAUUUAGACGCAAAUCUUUCAUCAUCGAAUAUUCUAAUAGCAAACCUAUCGAUGUGUUGAUGAGUAAGACGUACUGGCUGCAACGCGAAAAAUUAUGUCUGCAAAGAAAAAUCGAUUAUGGCAAAGAGGGAAGUCCAAAGAACAAAAAGAAGUAUUCACAAGCACAGACGGAAGCAGCCAAUAAGGCGGCGGAAAAUGUAGAUCCGAUCAGUUACAGCCGUAUAAAUCAUGUCUUUGAGAACAAGGUGGCGUUCGACGAGGAAUUGGCGGCGCUUUUGAAUGAAAUACAACUCAGUGAUGUCGAAUUGAUGGGCAGAUACAAAGUUAUAUGCCCUCAUUUGAACGACAUAUUCAAAUCGAUCUUCCCGGAGUGUCAAACCUUCAGCUUCGGCUCCACCGUAGCAGGAUUGAGUUUUAAGGAAUGCGACUUGGAUAUCUACAUGUAUCUCGGCAAAAUCGGUGUACCGCCUUUCUUCACUCAGCCAAACUUACCGCAACAGGUGAUGACAACGGUAAUCUUCAGGAAAGUGAGAAAAGUCAUGUAUAGCAUGAAGUUCAUCUUCGCCGACAUUAUAGCAAUCCCCAAAGCUAAAACACCAAUUAUAAAGUUCCGUUAUCUGCCGACCAACGUCUCCUGCGACAUUUCCUUCAAGAACGGCCUAGGUGUCUACAAGAGCCAAUUCCUGAAGUACUGUGCGUUACGCGACAUCCGACUGAAGCCGCUAAUGUUGCUGAUCAAAUACUGGGCGAAACAUUUCGGAAUCUCAGGUGGCGGAAAAAUCUCGAAUUACGGUUUAGUAUGUCUGGUGAUCUUUUAUCUUCAGCAAGUCGACCUCCUGCCACCGUUGCUAGAGCUGCAAAAGAACUGUAUACCGCUGAUCAUAAACGGCUGGCAGGUAAACUUUAACGAGGAGACUCCGCUGCCACCUAGCAGCAAUAACAACAGUAUCCCGAAAUUGUUUCACGAAUUCUUCUCCUUCUAUGCCAACUUUGAUUUUUUCGCGUGCAUCUUGUGCCUGUUGGAUGGUAACGUGUACGCAGCGCGCGAUUUUGCGCAUCCGUCCGAGCUGCCCAAUUACAUGCAAAGAUACCAAAACUUCGUUAUAGAGAAUAACAACAGGAAAUUGGACGUUGAAAGACCGAUGUGCGUUCAAGAUCCGUUCGAGCUCGACCAGAACACAACCGCGAUCACGCCCGAGCGCGUUCGAAUCGCGUUCCAGCGUUGCUGUGCGUUCACUGUCGAGAUCUGCAAGACCGCCAGCGAGGACAAUUACAACAAUUUGCUGAAGAUGCUGUUCAAUGCGACGCCUCCGAACUUGAUACCGCCGAAGAAGAAGAAGAAGACGUACAAGAGCGUGAUAACCGCUGGGCGAUUCGUCAAGGCUGGGCUACCGGCGAAUUUCGAGGAGUGCGAGGACAUCGUCGAUAAGGAAAAGUACAUGAAGGAGAACUGGUACCACGUGGUCUUCAAUCUCAUCAGGGAUAUUUACGAGAUGGUCUUCAAGCUGCAGGUCGAGGUGAUUCUCGACCACGAGACGGAACAGAAGAAGAUCCAGGCGUUGUCGCGCGCGCACACCGAGAGCCACCACAAGAUCACGUUUCAUUGCACCGGCAACAAAUGCGUGUGGAGAAACAGGAAGAAGAAUAACAGGACGUUCCUGGACGUGCAGCUGAGUGCUCUGGAGAAGGAAGCAAUCGUGUCGGACAGAGUAUUGGAGCAACUGCAGAAUCAGCAGAACGACGACGCUGCCAGUACACAGUUGAAUUUCACCUGCACGCUGGAAAAAGCGGACUCAGUGGCAGUGAUGAUAACAUUAAACGACGAGAGUAACAAUAGCAGGAGCGUUUUCCGACAAUUUGAGUGUUUCGCGGAUAGCAUAAUGGCGAAGAUCAUUGAGAAGACGUUGCUGCACAUGUUGCAAUUUCACAAGACGUACAGCCAAUUGUUACAAAAUAGACAGCCAUGAUGAUUCUAAGGACACAUUAUGUCCAAUUUCUCCUAUAAUGUGUACGGAUUCAAAGUUUAAUAGCAAUAUAUGUACGUAUGUUGCUCGAUUAAAAAACAGCUUAAGAGACAUUGUAACAUAACACUUAAAUAUGACGAAUUAAAUUAUCUUCAAAGAUAAUUCUUUGAGAUCUCAAAGGCGUGUAUGAUGCAAGUUGGCAUUACAGAUCAGGGAUUUGAUAAUCUCUGAAGCUACGCAUAAUACUAUUAGAUUUCUAUUUUCUACAUCCACAUUAGAUAGAAUAUGCAGUAGAUGAAAAGGUUAAAAUAUCUAUUUAUUGUAAAAUUAGAGAUAAUUUUAACUCUUGAAGAAAGAAAAAUAAUAGAUGAAAGGUGGUUCUACAAAGUGCUUUAGUUGAUGUAUAUCACUCUUGCAAUACUAAAGUGUAUUUUUGCAAGACUAUCACAAUUCUCAUAAGCAUCCUGUACAUAUACGAGGAUAUCUGUGUAACGUAUUAUUCUCUCUUCACGUACGGUCGCGUGUUACUUCCAAACGCGACUAUAACUGAAUUAUGGAAGAAAUAAAAGCUUUUUGUAAAAAUGUGAAGUAUAUUCGUAUA